ACUUGGUAUACCCUUGCUAAGACGUGGAAUUCUGGAUCGUGCCAUAGGUAAUGGUAUAUAGCAUCCCAUCACCAUAUAAACCAAUGACUGCUUAGGGGUUUUCUCUGUGUACCUAUCUCAAUCGGAAAUAAGACAGAAUAUUAUAUGGAUAACCCAACAUGAAGGUCUUCUCUACGUUGGUCUGUCUGCUCGCCGGAUCUGUAGCAACCAGCGCGCUACCAGCUAACAACACCGCCGAGGUCGAAUUUGCUGUAUCCAAGAUAACAUGGACGGGUCUAGUCAAGCGAGGCGAGCCUCCCGUGUCUAUCACGGGCACCGCAGAGGAGAUAUACGAAGAGAUUACAAGAAUCAACCCCAACUACGAUAAUGAGUUGGGUUUGAAUAGCCCGGAUUCGACCGUGAAGAGGCGAGAUCUCGAGCCUAUUCAGAGACGGGCAACAACAUCUAAUGACUGGACGUGCGCCUACGGGAAUGAUGUCAACGCGGAGUCUAUCGGCACUGGGGUAAGAUAUUUAUACAGCAUUGCCAAUGGGGACUGCGCCGCCCCGCCCGGGAAACCUGGAGCUGGCGGAUGUAGCAUUAGCAGCUGCAAUGCCGGCGCCGGCAUCUUCUUAUGCAACGACGUCGACCAUGAUUUGCACAAUCCCUGCACUAUCGUUGCCGACAAUGCUGUUGAGGUUUUGAUCAACUGCCAAUGGACUACGUAUAACGGCGGUAAUAGCUGGACUACAAACACGCAUGGACAAAUAUUUUCGACAGACCACAGUUGGAACGUCAUAUUGAAUAGGUGCUAAGCAACCUAACGUGCACCUAGGCAGACAUCUUAAGAGGGUUAAUUCCUGCAGUCUAUCCUUUCGAAUCUUCGAUAUAGCUGUUCUUCAAGUACGUAAAGGAGUUUGUAUGUAUAAAAUAGAACUGUAUCAUGUACCUACCUCAAAAGCCUAUACUUAAGCAUCUUCCUGCACGAGUUUACUGGCCCUGGUGUUUCCCUGUUCUUCGGAUACUUCUAUUGCUUUCAUUAUAUACCAACUUCUUCCUGC